AGAAAAUGCGUAGUGGCUUUUAGGUCAUUCUCUCUUUCUCUCCCUAUUCCUCUCUAUUUCCUUCUCGUAACUCUCCUCGUUUGUAUACAAAGAAACCCUCGGAUCAAUGGCGAAACCCUCGAAAUCGCAGGCUUCAUCCGAUGAGGCCUUAUCGAAUGGCUCAAACUCAUCCGAGGAAGAGCAACUGAACGAUCAGAUCAACGACGAAGAGGACGAGGAGGAGCUUGAAGCGGUCACGAGGACUGCCAUCUCUGAGGACGAGGAUGAAGAAGCCGCUGACGGGGGCAACUCGCCUGCCACAGAAGACGAUGCUGCCGGCGAUAGCAGCGACGGCGAGGAAGACGAGGAGGAUGGAAAUGCUGUGGGUGGCACUGAAAUUAGCAAGCGUGAAAAGGCCAGGCUUAAAGAAAUGCAGAAGAUGAAGAAACAGAAGAUCCAGGAAAUAUUGGAUGCUCAAAAUGCUGCUAUUGAUGCCGAUAUGAACAAUAGAGGGAAAGGACGCUUGAAGUAUCUCUUGCAGCAGACAGAGAUUUUUGCUCAUUUUGCCAAGGGUGAUCAAUCCACAUCUCAGAAAAAGACAAAGGGAAGGGGUCGCCAUGCAUCAAAAGUGACUGAAGAGGAAGAAGAUGAAGAGUGCCUGAAAGAGGAAGAAGAUGGUUUAUCUGGGACAGGAAACACGCGGCUGGUGACACAGCCCUCAUGUAUUCAGGGAAAGAUGAGAGAUUACCAACUUGCUGGCCUAAACUGGCUCAUACGGCUGUAUGAGAAUGGCAUCAAUGGAAUCCUCGCGGAUGAAAUGGGUCUGGGUAAAACAUUGCAAACCAUUUCUUUAUUGGGUUAUCUGCAUGAGUUUAGAGGAAUAACUGGUCCCCACAUGGUUGUUGCCCCAAAAUCGACUCUUGGCAACUGGAUGAAUGAAAUUCGACGUUUUUGUCCAGUUCUGCGUGCUGUGAAGUUUCUUGGAAAUCCUGAUGAAAGGAGGCAUAUACGUGACAAUUUACUGGUUGCUGGGAAAUUUGAUGUCUGUGUCACUAGUUUUGAGAUGGCCAUCAAAGAGAAAACUACAUUGCGACGCUUUAGUUGGCGCUAUAUCAUCAUUGAUGAAGCUCAUCGAAUCAAGAAUGAGAAUUCUCUUCUUUCAAAGACAAUGAGACUAUAUAGUACGAACUACCGCCUUCUUAUCACGGGUACACCACUUCAGAACAAUCUUCAUGAACUAUGGUCUCUUCUCAACUUUCUACUGCCUGAGAUAUUUAGUUCAGCUGAGACUUUUGAUGAAUGGUUCCAAAUUUCUGGAGAUAAUGACCAGCAGGAGGUUGUUCAACAGCUUCAUAAGGUCCUCCGGCCUUUCCUCCUUCGGAGACUGAAGUCAGAUGUUGAGAAAGGCUUGCCUCCAAAAAAGGAAACAAUACUUAAAGUAGGCAUGUCUCAAUUGCAGAAACAGUUCUACAGGGCUUUACUACAAAAAGACCUUGAAGUUGUUAAUGCUGGUGGAGAACGCAAACGUCUUUUGAAUAUUGCAAUGCAACUGCGUAAAUGCUGCAAUCACCCAUAUCUUUUCCAAGGUGCUGAACCUGGACCUCCUUAUACGACAGGAGAGCACCUUAUUACGAAUUCUGGUAAGAUGGUUCUUUUGGAUAAGCUACUUCCAAAGCUAAAAGAGCGCGAUUCUAGGGUUCUAAUAUUUUCACAGAUGACAAGGUUGCUGGACAUUCUUGAAGAUUACUUGAUGUUUCGAGGAUACCUGUAUUGUCGAAUUGAUGGAAAUACAGGGGGAGAAGAUCGUGAUGCCUCCAUUGAUGCAUUUAAUAAACCCGGAAGUGAGAAAUUUGUGUUCUUACUGUCAACUAGAGCUGGAGGUCUUGGUAUCAAUCUUGCUACUGCAGAUGUUGUCAUCCUUUAUGACAGUGACUGGAACCCCCAAGUUGAUUUGCAAGCACAAGAUCGUGCUCAUCGGAUUGGUCAAAAGAAAGAAGUUCAAGUGUUUCGAUUCUGCACAGAGUAUACCAUCGAGGAAAAGGUGAUUGAGAGAGCUUAUAAAAAAUUGGCACUCGAUGCUUUGGUGAUUCAACAAGGACGGUUAGCAGAGCAGAAAACUGUGAACAAAGAUGAGCUACUGCAAAUGGUCAGGUUUGGUGCUGAAAUGGUUUUCAGCUCCAAGGAUAGCACAAUUACGGAUGAAGACAUAGACAGGAUCAUUGCUAAAGGAGAAGAGGCAACAGCUGAGCUUGAUGCUAAGAUGAAGAAAUUUACAGAAGAUGCCAUCAAAUUUAAAAUGGAUGAUACUGCUGAGUUGUAUGAUUUUGAUGAUGAAAAGGAUGAGAACAAGUUUGACUUCAAGAAAAUUGUCAGUGAAAACUGGAUUGAGCCACCAAAAAGAGAGCGGAAGCGGAAUAGUUACUCAGAGUCUGAAUACUUUAAGCAAACAAUGCGGCAAGGUGCUCCAGCAAAACAAAGAGAGCCUAGAAUACCGCGCAUGCCCCAGCUGCAUGAUUUCCAAUUCUUUAACACACAAAGGCUGAAUGAGUUGUAUGAGAAAGAAGUGCGGUACCUCAUGCAAACACAUCAAAAGAAUCAGUUAAAAGACUCCAUAGAUGUGGAUGAACCUGAAGACUUGGGAGAUCCCUUGACUGCCGAGGAGCAGGAAGAAAAGGAGAGAUUAUUAGAAGAGGGAUUUUCAUCAUGGAGUAGAAGAGAUUUCAAUACUUUCAUUAGGGCUUGUGAGAAGUAUGGCCGGAAUGAUGUAAAAAGUAUUGCUUCUGAAAUGGAAGGGAAGACAGAGGAGGAAGUUGAGAGAUAUGCAAAAGCCUUCAAAGAAAGAUACAAAGAAUUAAAUGAUUAUGAUAGGAUCAUCAAGAACAUUGAAAGAGGAGAGGCUAGAAUUUCUAGGAAAGAUGAGAUCAUGAAAGCAAUUGGGAAGAAGUUGGAUCGCUACAAGAAUCCAUGGCUGGAACUAAAGAUCCAGUAUGGGCAAAACAAAGGGAAGUUGUACAAUGAAGAAUGCGAUCGUUUUAUGAUAUGCAUGGUUCACAAACUUGGAUAUGGGAACUGGGAUGAGCUGAAGGCAGCAUUUCGCACUUCUCCCUUGUUUCGUUUUGAUUGGUUUGUAAAGUCUCGCACAACCCAAGAGCUUGCAAGAAGAUGUGAUACCCUCAUUCGAUUAGUGGAGAGGGAAAAUCAAGAAUUUGAUGAGAGGGAGAGACAGGCACGGAAAGAGAAGAAGCUUGCCAAGAACAUGACACCAUCAAAGCGUGCCAUGGCAAGGCAGGCAACUGAAAGCCCGACCUCUGUAAAGAAACGGAAACAACUGUUGAUGGAUGACUACGUGAGCUCGGGCAAGAGGAGGAAAUGAUAUUUGAAUGAUCAAAAUUUCCAUUUUCUUAUAUUUUGUUAAGUUAAAGUAUCAUGGUAUGAAGUUGCAUUGGGGUUCUAUAAUUCUAUCAGAAUCUUCUCAUUUUCGUUUUGGAAUUGCUACCCAGGAUCAACAGAAGCCAUAAUCUCACUGAUGUGAGGGUUUAGGUGUAUUUAACUAUGUAGUAGUUAUAGUAAGAUGUAUAAAACGAGGGUAUUGAGGUUACUUUUGAAACCUCCAGUAUUUUGUUUAUUGGAGGGGAUUUUGGUUAGUCUGUUAACAAACAAAUUGGCUUAGCUGUUCAGGAGGGUUAUACUUAAAAGAUCCAACCUUUUCCUUGCAAACAUUGAUGCAGGGAACAUGUUUUAAAUCCAUGUAAUCUAGCAUGAAGUUUUAUGGUAAUGCCUAGAAGAUGAUAUAAACACAAUGUAUGACCACUGUAUUUCCACAUUGGACCUUAGUAA